AUGGCGCGCCUGGCGACCGCCAUCCAGGACGCCAAGGCGGCGGCGGAUGCGGCGGGCAAAGACACGCUCGUGCUGCACGCCGGCGACCAGUUCACGGGCACGGUCUGGGAUGAGGUGUACACGUCGCAGGGCAUCCAGAUCGCGCCGGGGUUCCUGGAGGAGCUGGGGGUGCAGGCGUUCACCGUCGGCAACCACGAGUUCGAUUCGGGCCCCGCCGUGCUCGCCGAGUUCAUCAGGAACGCCACCUUUCCCGUCAUCUCCUGCAACCUGGACACCAGCCAGGAGCCCGAGCUGGACGGGCUGGUGCAGCCAUACACGAUACUGGAGCUCCCUCGCAGCGGCGUCAAGGUGGGCGUGGUGGGUCUCACCACUGUAGACACCCCAGAGACGAGCUCCCCAGGCCCCAACGUGCGCUUCCUGCCAUACAAUGAGACGCUGCCCGGGUGUGUGGCUGACGCCAAGGCAGAUGGCGCCCAGAUCAUCGUCGCACUCACCCACAUCGGUUUUCCCGACGACCAGCUGCUGGCGGCAGACCCAUCCGCUGCCGACUUGGACCUCAUCGUCGGCGGGCACAGCCACACGCUGCUGUACGGCACGCCGCCGCCUGUGGGCAAGCAGCAGGUGGGCAGCAUGGCGCCGCCCAUCCUCACCUCGCCGCCCACCAACGAGAGCUCUGAUGUGCUGGGCCCCUACCCUACGCUCAUCCUGGCGGCAGAUGGCAACAAGACCAUCCCCAUAGUCCAGGCGCUCUACCUGGGCGUGCUGCAAGCCAGCUGGGAUCCAGUGGAGGGCCAGCUGACUGCCUCCGGAAGCCCUCUGCUGCUGGGCGGCGCCAACUCCACCAACCCUGUGGCAGAGGACCCCGAGGUUGCCAGCCGGGUCGAGUCGCUGACAGGCCCGAUAGACCAGCUGUACGCCACCACCGUGGGCAACUCCACGGUACUGCUGGACGGGGAGCGGGGGGAUGUGCGAGGCGAGGAGACCAACCUGGGGGACCUGACCUGCGAUGCCCUGCUGUGGCACGUGGCCAACAAGACCUCCCUGAUGGCCGCCUUCCCCGACACCCCCGCCGUCUGCGUCUACAGCGGCGGCUCCAUCCGGGCCAGCAUCCUCGCGGGCAAAGUGACUGCUGGCCAGAUCAACGAUGUGGAGCCGUUUGGCGACUGGCUGGUGGUCAAGCUGAUCAACGGCAGCGUCCUGGACGCCGCCCUGAACUCCGGGCUGGAGGGGUGGACGGGGGACGAGGAUGCGGCGGGGCGCUUCCCGCAGGUCGGGGGCCUGCGGUACGCCUUUGACCCGUCCCGCCCGACCGACUCCCGCCUGGUGGCGGCCCAGGUGCAGCUGCCCGACGGCACCGCCGCCCCGCUGGGCCAGCUGGACGGUGCCGACAUGCUGCUGGUGACCAACAACUUCCUGGCGGGCGGCGGCGACUUUUAUACUAUGGUGGGGGACGCGCCCACGGUGCUGGAUGCCAGCACCCCCAUCACCCAGAUCCUGACCGCAUACUUCCAGCAGUUCUCGCCCAUCACCACCACGGGGGACGGCCGCAUCGUGAACUGCAACCUCACCGCCAGCGCGCCCCUGUGCGCCGCUGGCGCGGCGGCGCCGCCUGCGGCAGCUGCGCCAGCGCCGUCGCCGACGUCUGCCGCCGGCCCACGCACCUCGUGUGCCGCGGCCGCUCUGUUGGUGUACAUGUUCAUGCUUGUCUUUAAUAUUUAUCUGUGA